UCAACAUCCGGUUAAAAAAUAAAAUUCUGUUUUGUGAUACGUUAUUAUCUUAAUAACUCCGUAAUUAGAUACAGCACCAUGGUGAUUUGGCGUUAAAGAGGAGGCUAGAAUACACAAGCAAGACUUUGUGUGUAAAUUCAUGCAGUAAUUUCGUCUACUGCAUCAAUACAGCUUUUUGAACUGUCGCAGAAUUAUCUAUAUCUUUAUGAUACACAGAUGGUCUAAAUGCUUAGUUCAACAGCCAGGAAUGUAGCUACAUUAGCAAGGAAGGAGAAAGAUCGACGCUUACGUGAUUUGCAAGAUAACAUGCAAGAUUCUGCCUUCUUCAGUGACCAGAUGAAUCCUGAGCUGGACCAUAAAGUAAAAAAAUCAACAGAAAGGUUCUCUGAAACUCUGCACAUUGUGUCGAACGAACCUUCCUUAGCAUUCUUUAGAAUACAAGAACAUGUUCGCAAGUCAAUUCCACAGUUAGUUGACAAAAAACAAGAGGUGCAAGACCUCCAACAACAGGUGCAAGGUAGUUGUUUUGACAUGGAGUAUGCCAUCAAUGCUUGUAAGACAAUGGAGAAAAGCAGCACACACUUCCAGAACAUUCAAGAUCUUUUAAAGAACUCAAUGUUCAUCAAGCAGCAGUUGGAGUAUGAGCAUUCCAGACGUAGCCAGGCCCAGAGUAAACCCAGUAUGUAUGGAGGACUAAAACGUGCUAAAACUGCAGAUAUUCCUAUAAGUAUUAACAAUAGUGAUGAAGCCAGUGCAUCAUCCUCGUAUGAUAAGAGACUUAGUGCCAUACCAUCGUCAUAGAAACAUGGAACGAGAACCUUUAUAUCAUCACAUACAUGUACAGUAUAUUCCUAUUGGCUCUGUGAGGGACAGGUUGUGAAGAACCAUUUCAACAAUUAAUGUUUAUGUCAUUCCAUGGCUGUCGUUUGCUGCAGUGAAUCUGUAUUAGUUGAGUAUUGUAGUUAAGCAAUGCAUGUACUGUUCUGUUUUGAUGAUUAAUGUUUAUUAGUUUAAGCAAGGACGUCCUUGGUUAAAGAUAUAUUCUACACCUAGUGAUCCCCUCGGGAAUUUAGGCCUUUUUGGUUCAAAUUUCUCAAUAUUUUAGCAGGCUGCAAACAGAUUUUGAUAUUAUCCUAUUGGUAUAUAGGUAGAUAUAUU